CGCCCAGAGCCCAGCGUCGAGCCCGGGCACACCGACCGACGUACGUCCUACGUCGAUGAACCUAGUCAUAAGUUUUGUACUGACGCGUGUUAUUUAGUGAGUGUGUUUUGAACAAUUAUAGUGUGCGACAGCUGAACUUAAUCACCAAUAGUCUUCGUAGCGAGCGACUGCACUUCUACAGAGCAAGUGUAUUCGUCCACAGAUUUAGCUGCUAUCCGCAAGCUCCUAGAGUCCGACACAGAGAGUGAUCUCUGUCCUAGCUGCAACAUGCCGUUUGACAAAGGCAAGAAGAGGAAGCUGAUAGACACCUGUGGUCAUGAGCGCUGCUACUCCUGCAUGUUCCGCAACGAGGCUUGUCCUCUCUGCACUGCCGAGGAUCCUGAUGCUUUACCUGCCAAGAAAGCCUCAGGUUUACGAGGAUCGAACACUGCUUUGUACGGGUCGUCGAGGCCUCAAGUCAAGACCAACGGUCACUUCACCUCCUACAUGCAGACAAGAAAUGAAAACUCACAAGACUGGGCCUCCCCUCCAAGCAGACUGCCUAGACCUUCCAGCAACGUCAUGACUCAGAGCUGUCCAACUCCUCCACAGAACCGAAAGAAGUUCUUCUUAAGCCCCAAGUCCCUCAGGAGUUCCUGGGGCCUCAGGGGCAGCUCCCGAGCUCCAGCUGAUAACGCACUCUCUGUGAUGUUCUCGUCAACAUCCCCAGCGAUGCAGGACAAUCGGCGAUGGUCUUCCGUAGUCCUCGGAAAAAUAAAAUCUUUGUGGUUUACUGGAGGAAUGACAGCGAUGGCAGGCCUCAACCAGCUCUCAGGCAAUACGCCCGUGUGUGCGUAUGAUGAGGGAGGCAACAUCAAGCCGGUGUGUGGAGUGGCCAAGAAGAGUUCACAAAGUGAUCUGUACAUGCGGCUGGGAUUGUUGCUGGGAGACAACGCUAGACAACAACGACGCUCCAGGAGCAGCAACCGCGGAGCGCGCAGCCACGACUCUAUCUCAUCAUUGGCCAGCCUGGAUGCCGGUACUCUGGCCUCUACCAACACCAGCCCUGUUUCUACCCUCACUGGGUCGUCAGAAGCAGACGCUCACCGUACACUGAAGGAGCCGUCGUCUGACAGUGUCGGCAGCCUCAUGUCCAUGUCUGGCCACAGCAACUGUUCAUCUAGUCCCCUCAGUCGCAGACACUCCGUCACCACUACGCAGCAAGGCCGUGUAGAAGACCUGUCAACAUUCCGCAACCGUCGCCAGUCUAUCAGGCGGUCAGCUCGCUCCGGUACUGUCAAAGGUCCCAUUGACCCCAAAGUGAGGUUCGCACAGUAUCGUACGCAGCAACUGACUCUAAAGCCGCUGUUUUUUGAGGUUCCGCUGCAGGAGCCAGACCCUCUGUUUGUGGGGAGACACUGGACGGUGAGGGCGCUGGAGGAGGUAGUAUCAGCCGCGGGUCCCGGGGCGUUGGUCACUGGCCUGCCUGGUACUGGCAAGACGGCUCUCCUACUGCAACUGGUCGACUACAGCUGUUUUGGCCGCCGCAGGGAGCCAACCUACAAACAAGAUGUCCACAUGUACAAUGGCAAGGACAGGCCGGCCACGUCUCCCACUCCGCCCCAGAGUAUCUACUGCCAGAUCAAUCUAGUCUCCGAAAGGAUAAAACACCUCGCAUCACAUGUAGUCGCAUACCACUUUUGUCAGGCUGACAACAACUCAACAUGUUUAGUGCCAGACCUGAUACACUCUCUAGCUGCUCAGCUCUGCCAGGCUCCACAGUUGGCUGCCUACAAGGAGUAUCUGCAGAGUGAACCUCACUUGCAGGUAUCACUCUCCCUGAAGGAGUGCAUAGCAUCUCCAGACUUGGCGUGGCAGCGAGGUAUCGUAGAGCCGCUGUGUAGUCUGCGCCGUGUGGGGAAGCUGGUCUGUCCCCGCGUGCUCAUACUCAUCGAUGCGCUGUGUGAGGCUGAAUAUCACCGACCUGACACUGGUGACACCAUCGCAGGGUUCCUCUCUAGGCACGCCCCCUCCCUCCCUCCAUGGAUCAAGUUUAUUGUCACUGUCCGCACACAUCUUGAUGAAGUUAUGCCUCCUCUACCAUUCCAUAGAAUUAGUAUGGAUAUAGCGAGCAGCAACUGUGAGAACGUACAGAAAGAUUUGCUGGAUUACAUCAACUUCCGAGUGAGCAACAGCCCGAGUAUCCAGAGCAACGUAGUCCCGGGCAGUGCAGGACAGUUCCGUCUCUGUCAGCAUCUAGCUGGGCUCGCUCAGGGGUCGUUCCUGUUUGCCAAACUGUCGCUAGAUCUCAUAGAGAGAGGCCAGUUAGUAGCCAAGUCCGCCAGCUACAAGGUACUGCCAGUGUCACUAGCGCAGAUAUAUCUACUACACUUCAACCUACGGUUCCCUACAGUCAAAUCAUUUGAAAAGGUUUCUUCAAUCCUGAGUGUGUGUCUGGCUGCCCUGUAUCCUCUAACUCUUCUAGAAAUUUACUAUUCCGUCAAUGCUCUAUGCACAAAUGAGUUCCUCUCGUGGGAUGAAUUCCUGCAACGUUUCAAGCUCCUGUCAGGACUCCUUGUGAAGAGGCUUGACAAUACAUACAUGUUCUUCCAUCCUUCCUUCAGAGAAUGGCUGAUCCGUAGAGACGACGUGGAGAGCAACAAGUUUAUCUGUGAUUUAAGGUCCGGCCACGCUGGCAUUGCGUUGCGCCUGUCUCGCCUGCAGGUGCCUCUAGACGCAGAGGGCACCCAGGAGCUGGGUCACCACAUACUCAAGGCGCACCUUUACAAGAACAUGACCUUGCACAAGAACUCCUCCAGAGACCUGCAGGCUCACUGGAUAUCUUCCGUGUCUGCUGAUGUGUCAGAGGCUCUUUGUACACUCAGGAACAUCUACAGCCCCAAUGUCAAGGUUUCCCGCCUGUUGCUUCUGUCUGGAGCCAAUGCAGACCACAUCACAGAGUUCCUAGGACAGGCGCCAGUAUUGUGCUUGUUUUCCCACGAGGGUGCUGUGGAGAUGGUGGCUCUACUUCUGGAGUUUGGUGCCUCCGUGGAUCACCCCAACAGUCAAGGUUGUACACCACUGGGCCUGGCCGCCGGUCGCGGACACAUCGAGGUGGUCAGACAGCUGGUCAGUGCUGGGGCAUCCCUUGGCCGCAGUGACACCGCCGGCAGAUGUGCGCUGGUGCAUGCAGCUCGCAAUGGUCACCUGGACGUAGUGGCACACCUGCUGGCAUGUGACUGGGUGGUGGGGCCGGGGGCUGAUGAAGUACAGCUGAGGGAGGCUGCACAACAGGCUCUAGUGGCAGCAGCCGCUCAGGGACACAACGAGGACACUGGAUUGUUGCAGAUAGUGGAGUAUCUGCUGGACAUGUCAGAGGUUGUAGCAGACAGUCAGGACUCUCUCACUGGGGAGACAGCUCUUACAGUAGCUGCCAGCAAUGGCUGCCACAACGUCUGCGCGACACUCCUCAACCGGGGCGCAUCUGUCUCCGUACCCAACCAGAAGGGCAUGCCAGCUCUGCUAUUGGCUGUGAGAGAGGGACACUGGGCAGUAGCGGAGAGACUGUUGCAGCAUCACGCACCUCUAGACCAGAUGGACACUCAGGGUCGCACUCCUCUCAUGAUGGCUGCUGCGGAGAACCACGUAGGACUGUUGGAACUUCUUUUGGAUAAGGGAGCGGACCUGUCGCGGGAGGAUGCAGAAGGUUUGACAGCGCUCGGCCACUCUUGUCUACGAGGCCGAGGCCAAGCUGCGCAAGUGCUGCUGGACAGAGGAGCUGAGGUCAACAAGGCAGACAAGACUGGUCGUAUACCUCUGGACUUGGCCGCAGCACAAGGCAACCCCACUCUAGUACAGAUGCUGCUGGAGAGAGGGGCCAUGUUGGAACAUGUGGACAUGAGUGGCAUGAGACCUCUAGACCGUGCUAUAGCAUGUCGUAAUGUCCCUGUCGUGCAGUGUUUGCUGCGUCGAGGAGCCAAACUGGGCCCAACUACCUGGACAAUGGCUAACAACAAGAUGGAUAUCAUGUUGGUACUGCUGAACAAACUACUAGAGGAUGGGAAUGUGUUGUACCGCAAAGGCAGGCUCAAAGAGGCGGCACAUCGCUACAGCUACGCUCUCAACAAGUUCCCUCCACCAGAAACCUUGGACACAACUUUCAGCCAGCUGCGCAUCAACUUCCUCCUAAACAACUCUCGCUGCAAGCGCAAACUUAAUGAGGCAGUGGAGGCAGUUGAUUUAGCAACCAGUGUUUUGAAACUAAAACCAGAUUCUUAUGAGGCUUACUACGCACGUGCGAAGGCAAGAAUUGAUCUAAGACUGUACGAGGAUGCGCUGUGUGACGUCCAGGAGGCCAUCUUGUUGUUGCCGCCUCAGAACAGGGAGGUGCGUCGAGUGUUGCUCAACCUAAGGGACGAAGUGCGCGCAGGAACACUCACAACAUCACUCGAUACACUCAACCAGACAGAGACCAGCCUGUAAUACACUCAACUAAAACGCUACUUGUUUAUACGUUUACGUAAUGAAGAAUACAGUUGAAAGCUGUAGAGUGGAAUUUUCAUCAGGUUCUGGAUUAGUGUUAUUAGAUAUUUUCAAGUUUUACAGUUGAUCUGCCGGGCUACUUCCUAUAAUUGAAGUGAAGUUAAAAAUUCAUGUUCACAAAUAAAUUACCUUUAAAGUGCCAUUAAAUUUAUUGUAUUUUAUUUAUUUUAGUAGUGUAAAUGUAAAUAACACAGUUACGAGAGAAUAUUUAUCUAAGUACAGGUAAUGCAGCAUUUUUAAAUUAGUGUAGAAGACAAUGCAAUAUUUAGUGUAGUAAUGUAACUUUAUAUUGAUAAAAGAGUUUAUAUAAUUUGUUAUGGCAAAGUUAAGUUAUUUGUAUGUGGAUAUUAAAUUAUUUAUUUUGUUAAGGUAACAGCAAAUAUUUAUGAAACGUUUAAAAAUAUUUUAUACGUGUUAAAUUAAAAAUUAAAGUUCAACAACUUCCGGACGGUGACUUAAAAAGUAAACUGCAGAUUAUUAAAAUAUUAAUUUUACUGUUUGUUUUAUUAAACCAAAUUUAUCAGAGUUAAAGAUAUUGUACAAAGAUAAAUUAUAUGUUUUAGUAUAUAAUAGUAAUAAUACUCAUUAUUCUAACUUCUUGUUGACAAACAGAUACUUAUCAUGUUAAUAUGUUUUAGUUUACAGAUUUUCCUUUUAUUAUUACUUAUAUAGUACAUGGUACAUUAUUCUUGCCAUCAUUUUCAUUUUUGUAAUAUAUAUGUAUAGUUUUAUUUUAUGUUUCUUAUGUUUAUGUUUCUUUAAAAUUUGUUGUUUAUCAUUUCUCUUUUAUAUUUACUUGUUUUGUUAAUCUUCAGCUAAGAGAUAAAUAUCGUUCGGCAGCCUAAUUGUUAAAAAUUACUUAUUUUUGUUAUGUCAUAAAGUGUUGUUCUAUUUGACUACUUCAAUAUUUUAUUAUAAUGAAGUGGCCAGUCAAAAAUUGCAACUUUUUUAAAGCCAGCCUAGCUACCCAAAACCUUACCCUGAUCAUUGCUAAAUUUAAGUUUAAUUUAUUUGGUAGUUUUAUUUUAUAUGAUCUGCUUCCAAAUUACACCAGAUUGAUUGUUAGUUUAUAAUAUUUGUUUGAUUAUGACGGUUGAAGGUGUUCUAUUAGAAAGUGUUAUUGUUCCUAUGAAUUGAUUUUGUAAGAGACAGUAUGAGUGAUUUUGUAAGAUUAUAACAGAAAGGCAUGUUUAUAUCUUGUAUGCUGGCAGCUCAAGUACCAUUGGUAGUCUCAUUGUAAUACAGAAAUAAGUUUUGUUUUAACCUCAUUAAUUUUAAAUAACAUAGUAUUUGUGUGUGUGUUAAAAUCCUUGUAGUAAAUUGGCUUUUUAAAUGAGUUAAAAUCUGAAGACCUUUGCAAUUGUUUUAGACUAUAUUGUUUAUUAAUUUAACCAUAAAAAUUGUUGUAAAAUCCAAUACAGUACUUGUCAUUAAGUUUUACAACAAGGAACUUAUUAAAAAAUAUUUUAUUUUAAAAAUUUAAUGUUUUUUAUUACUUUUGUUCUUUUUCUCAAAGACACUAUGUUUACAAAGUCAAUAUGGUUUGUUCAAUCUGUUAAAGCUUGUUUUUGGUUCAGAUCUAAAAUAGUUUGUGUAAAUUUUAGUACUCUUUUUAUGUUAAACCAUAACAAUUUCUAAAUUAAAAACAGAAUGGUAGUAAUGAAGCAUUACUAAAUAUAGUGUAAACUUAAUAAGCAUUAAAUUAGCACACUCCAUGGUUGAUAGAAAAUCAGUGUACAUUUGUAAGUGUUUUAUAAUUUACUUUGUCACUAUUUAAUCAACAUUCAUUAAUUUUUAAAUAAUAAAGUAAAUUUUGGCCCUUACAUUUUCAAUCACUAAUCAAGUGUUAAAAAUUGGCUAUUAUUCAAAUGUAGGUUACAUGUUAUUUGAUUUCAGAUCUGAACAAACCAAGUCUGAUAAAUAAAGUCUAAUAAGUUCAGCAUGUAUUGUAUUAUUUUUUUUGUUUUAUAGAUUCAGUCUUUAAAAGGUUUCACUUUUUAAAAUACACAUUGAUUGACAAUUCUGUUGUUUAGGGCCGGUGCAGAUACUUUAUAAAUAGGUUUGAUUAUGAUUUAUCUUUAAAUAAAGCUUUAGCUGCAUCACUAAA